GAUGUUUCCAUUGAUCAUUUCAGGUAACAUCAAAUUGAUAACUGAUAUAUGAAGGUUGAAUGAUAAACAUUCAUGAACAUCUGAACACAAGUUUCCACCAAAGUAUAGUUAUUAGUUAAUACUGCAGAAGCUUAAUUAGCAGUUAGAUAUCCAAUAAUGGAGAAGAAGCUCAUUAGGCCAUGUGACAGAGAAUACAUGAGGAUGGCCAUGCUAAAACAUGAACAAACUUUCAAACAACAGGUGUAUGAACUUCACCGUUUGUAUAGGAUUCAGCAGGCACUGAUGAAAAAGAUGGAAGGCAGCAGCAGCAGAAUCAGUGAAAUUGAAGAGUCAGAGAUUGAGUUGACUCUAGGGCCUUCAAGUCACUACAACCGUAAGAAAGUUGUUGAGGCAUCACCUCUAACUUCAGAUUCAGGUCAAAGCUUUUCUUCUUCUUCUGGUUCUGGUUCUGGAUCCUGUUUCAUACACAACAACACAAGUUUCAAGACCCAUCAAUAUCAUAGCAGCCAUAGAGAAGAAUUAGGUGGAGGCAUUAUAGGCCUUGUCCAAGUGCCACAUUCAAGUAGUGGUGUUAGAAACGGUUACCAUAUUAUUGAAGAACAAUCAAGACUAGAGAGAUCAAAACAGCCACCUUCACUUCUUCAAGUAUUGAGCCUUAGCAUUACAUGAGAAUUUCUAUGGUCAAUGUGAUACAUAUAUAUAUCUGCUUAAUUUACUACUGUUUUGACUAUUAUCAAGUGCAGUUUUAUGAUGUCUUGUGUAUAAAGUACUAAGUUUUAUGGUUUAACCGGUUAUGGUGGCUAAUAUUUCUUUGAUUUUGUGACUAGAAGUUACAUGAUAUUCUUUUUCUGUCAUCAACGUUUAUCAUGAAAACGUUCCUUUCAUGCCAACCAACCAUGUCUAUUUCAGGCUUUGUGGAGGCCUGAAAAUAGAACAAGAAAUUCAAUCCUUCAAAGAAAGCAUCUUUUGAAUAUGACAAAAUUCAUA